CAUACAGGCAGUUAGAUUUGGGUAUGUCAUUUUAGGCAAAAAUUGAAAAAAAGGGUCCGAUCCUCUUAAGUCGGUCAGAGUCCACCUGAUACAACAACAAGAGUUGUUGUUUUGCAUUCUGUUCAACCUGCCGUCUGACUUCUCCUAUCAUUCAGAUGAAAGAUGGCAAGCUACAAUGGAAGCAUAAGCUCAUACCUUCUCAUAUCUUUACUGGUUGCUUCUUGGAGAAUCUACGAUGGUGGGAAAAUUCUGGUAUUUCCCUUAGAAGGUAGUCACUGGGUGAACAUGGACAUUCUGAUCAAGGCUCUUCACUCUCAGGGACACACCAUCACAGUAGUACGGACAACUCAAAGUUGGUAUAUUAAAGAAGAGUCUCUACAUUACAGUUCUAUUACAAUACCUGUCAUUGAUGGUGUGGAAUUUGAGGAAUUUGUAAAGCCAAUCGUAAAGAAAGUAAUUGAUAUAGAGAGGGGAACGAGCUCUGUAUUAAACUUUAUAAAUUUGCAAAUCGAGAUGUUCUCUGCAAUGUCUACUGUUCAUGCACUGGAAUGUGACAUGGCAACUGCUGUCUUGGAAGACAAGGAUUUAAUGAAGACCCUGGAGGAGAACCAGUAUGACCUGGUCCUUACUGACCCAGCAUGGGGGACCGGUAUUUUGGUGGCUCACUAUCUUCAGCUACCUCUAGUCUACAAUGUACGGUGGAUAACCAGUGGAGAGGGACAUUUAGCCAUUGCACCAUCCCCCAUAUCUUAUAUUCCAAUGACUGGAUCAGGGCUCUCACACAAAAUGACCUUCACAGAGAGAGUAAAGAAUAUGCUUUUCUAUUUGCUUUGGGAAGUUCAGUACAGACUUGUAAUCCGGCCACAUUACCAGGCUGUUUGUGAUGAGUUUUUCCAACCAGGUGUGGACUUCUAUGAGUUAUUACAGGGGGCUGAUCUAUGGCUCAUGAGAGUUGACUUUGUGUUUGAGUUCCCUCGUCCCACCAUGCCUAAUGUUAUCUAUAUGGGAGGGUUCCAAUGUAAACCUGCCAAGCCUCUUCCCCAAGAACUGGAGGAGUUUGUUCAGAGUUCUGGGGAGCAUGGAGUCAUUAUCAUGUCUUUGGGGACUUUUGUGUCUGAGUUUCCAAAUGAUAUAGCUGGUGUGAUAGCUGCUGCUUUUGCCCAACUGCCUCAGAAGGUAAUCUGGAGACACAAAGGAGAUAGGCCAGCUACUCUGGGCAACAAUACCUUACUAGUUCAAUGGAUGCCGCAAAAUGAUCUGUUAGGACAUCCAAAGACAAGGCUGUUUGUAGCUCAUGGAGGAACAAAUGGGGUUCAAGAGGCUAUUUACCAUGGAAUUCCUGUUGUGGGUCUACCUCUGUUUUUUGAUCAAUAUGACAACCUCCUUCGUCUGAAAAAAAGAGGAGGAGCGAAGCUUUUAUCCAUGGCAACAGUAGACAAGAACAAUAACUUCCUCGACGCCUUGCAGGAAGUUCUGGAUGAGCCGUCCUACAGGAUGAAAAUGCAGAGACUCUCCAGGCUACACAAGGACGUGCCAAUGGAGCCCCUGGACACUGCCCUCUUCUGGAUUGAGUUUGUCAUGAGACACAAAGGUGCUGCUCACCUGCGUACUGAGUCCUACAGAAUGCCUUGGUACUCGUACCACUCUGUAGAUGUUGUCCUGAUAUUGUUGGCUGUUGUAGUAGUGCUUCUUCUUCUUCUUGUUGCAAUAGUCAGAUAUUUAAGCGUUAGAAGUUGCUUGAAAAGAAAGAUUAAAAGUGAAUGAACAGAUCCAAUUCUCCACAUUCUGGUGCACACAAAUAAUAGGAUAAGUAUGAAUCAAAGCUGUAAUAUGUAGCUUUUAGGGUGAACCAACAAAAUUCACAUAGAUAUUUGUGUUAUAGAUCUGUCAUUCUCAAUGAAAGCAAGUGUAUAAUGCCGUAGAUAUAUUCUAUGCUCGCUAUUUCUAUGAUUCCCAUGUCUAAGUUUAGUUUUUGCGUAUUUUACUUUUGGUUUUGUACACCAGCUUCAAACAGCUGCAAAUGCAAUAUUAUUGGUUAAGGAAAUAUAUAUUUCACAAUGCUUUAGAUGGUAAAAUGAUUAUUUACACUAAUCGUGCUUGUUUUGUCACAUAAACUGAAUUUAGGCAAACUAUUACAAUUUUAUUAACCAGGAAAUGGCAGAGCGAUUUCUGCAUAGUGCAUCUUUGAAUCAUGAAAAUGUAUAAUAUUGAAUUGAUGCCAACAUAAUAAAAUGUUAAUGUGGAAUUUAGUGUGGAAUAUAUUUGUUCGUCAAGUAUUUCCAGUUGGUUG